AUGGUGCUAGGAAAUGCGGGUAUCUCGCGGCGGUCGGAAGACCGGUCCAGGCGAUCAAUGGUAGCAUGCAACCGAUGUCGGAAUAGAAAAACACGUUGUGCAGGUAACCCGCCGCAGCCCUGUGCAGCUUGUGUGGAUGCAGAUAAGUCGUGUGUAUAUACUGAGGCUGAGAAGCGUGUCUCCAUAACCGAAAGUCAUUACCGUCAAUUACAAAGUCAACCCUCAAUAUCGCGAGAAUCCAGCCAUCCCACGCCCUCCAGCGAGCCGUCUACAUCGGCUCGUUAUUCCGAAGGCGAGCUACCACCUGCCUCCAGGGACGACUGGUGGUAUAAGGGAACCGAUAACCUGUUUCUGAAUAGGUCUGGGGAGCGUCAUUUCGUGGGUGCUUCGUCGACUACACAUCUCGCUAAGCGACUCAAUCCCGGAUCAACCAAUUUUGCAUGGGAUGUGCGCCCACUAUAUGAUGACCCAGGGUCACUCAGAAGACCUGUCGGGGGUGCUCUGCCUCAGUUGCCACCAUUCGAGUUCGCCAAGCGGCUGUUUUGGGUGCAAUAUACCUACAUUGGCACCAUAUUUUCACUAAUCAUCCCCUCGGAGUUCGAAGAGAGACUAGAUCUGGUGUACCAUCAACCCCUCGACUUCUCAAAUCGUGAGUCUUGUCUGGUGUACUGUCAGGUACUCUUGGUGAUUGCCUUUGGCCUUAUGUACAGUGUCAAUCAGUGGAAUGGCGACGAUGGCCCACCAGGCUUCAAGUACUUUAAGCAUGCACUACGCUUCUUGCCAGAUAUUCAUGAGGAGGGAUCGAUUUUCUUUGUCGAAGUCUUAUGCUAUGUGGCGUAUUAUAUGCAAAGUCUCAACCGAAGGGAUGCAGCCUUCCUCUAUGUUGGUCUCGCUUUGCGUAUGGCUAUAUCACUCGGUCUUCAUCAGGAAGUGUCGGACCCCAUGAUAAGCGAAGCAGAUCGCAACCGACGACGUCGGACUUGGUGGUCUGUUUACAGCUUGGAUCGACUCCUUUCGGUGAAAUCCGGUAACCCAAUUACCAUCCAAGAUGAAGACAUCGGAAUCACCUGGCCUGGGGCGGUGGAUGGCUCAACGUUUGACCCAUGGCCUUCGACCGUGCUCACUCAUUACACAAAAUUAUCGCGUAUUCUAGGACGAAUUGGCGAAGAUAUCUACAGGAAGAAACCGGGAUCCGGAUCUAACCUCAUUGCCUCUGUUCAGAGUAUUACCAAUGACCUGUCCAGCUGGUUGAGACAAGUACCGGAUCGUCUGCGGAUAGACUUUUCUGCGCUUGAUACCCAUAUUAAUCGCGAAAGUGUUUCUAUAAACCUACAUUUCUACUCCUGUGUGAAUAUGACCGCACGUCCCUUGGUAUUUUAUGUGAUCCAGCGAAGGCUAGAUGCAGAGGCACAGGGCUCUGUUACUCAAGACUGGAAAGAGGGGCUUUCGCCUAACACGGUCGCCGUCAUCGAUAGCUGCAUCACGGCAGCUCGAGCCACCACCAUGAUCAUGAAUGCAGCAGCCAAGCAUAACCUCAUUGAUCCUGAAGCCACCUAUGGGUACCUCGAUGGUGAAUAUGUCUUUUCCGCCGCUCUCCUGCUGGUAAUGGUAAACGCUGCAUUCCCGUCCAACGAAACCAGCGCGCCAGCCAUGGAGACCGCACUCAAUCUCCUUCGUGGAAUGGCAGAUCGCGGGAACAUAUACCUGGGCUCGCGCCAUACACUGCUGUUGGAAUUAAAGGCAGUCCUGGGGUCUCGGCCUAAUUGCACAAAUGAAACCGUCCCAGCAAGUCCUACGGGCUUGAAACUUCCAGUCACGCCAGCCACUGAAGACGGUACACACCUAUCGGAACAUCCUGAUACCGAUGUGCAGUUGUCAAAUUGUCAGCCUCUUCCCAAUAACUGGUCGCAGGAGUCGGAUCUCCCUUCUUUCCAGGAUAUCGCCUUCCAGUUCAACACCAAUGAUGACCCAGCUCUUUGGGAGGGGGCCUUGGAUCAAAUCGACAUCGAUAUGGAUACAGAUUGGAUUGAGAAUCUCUUGAAGCGAUAG